AGUGAAUGAAAUAUUUAUUGAAAUCACACAGGAUUAAUUAUGAAAAAAGCAAUGAAAGCGCCCAAAAUUCCUAAUGAAAUAUUCAAUGAAAGUGCACACCAUUAAUUAUGAAAAAGGCAAUGAAUACACCUAACCCAGUGAAUGAAAUACCUAUUGAAAGCGCACAGCAUCGUCAAAGCCACCAACUGAAGAUUCCAGCUGGUUGGCUGCCGUUGAAGAUGUCGGAUGGGUGCUUGACGGGCUAUUGGGUGUCGGUUCGCCGCUGGCUCCAACUUCGAAGCCAUCAAGGUCACGUCGACGCUAGGUGGUUGAAUGCAGGCUCUAUGCAAUAG